CCCUUGCUGUCCUCUAUGCCUUUUUCCUGGCACGCUUUGGCCCACCUGGCUGCCCUCCGAGUGGCUUUCUCUCCGCCUUCCUUGGCUUCUCGCCUGCCCCAAUGCAGCCGUCCCUCCCCAAAGGACGUUUCCAGUUAGGUGCCGAAAGACCCCAUAUCGCCAUCCCUCCUUCUUUCCAACUUUGAGGAUAGCAGGAAGUCAUACGAAGCGCAAUAACAGGUGGGACCAUGCUGGCCUUGCAGCUGCUGGGCUUGGCGCUCUCCGCUCUGGGCCUCCUGGGUGCCGUCCUGGCUUGCGCUUUGCCCAUGUGGAAAGUGACGGCCUUCGGAGGCGCCAACAUCAUCGUGGCGCAGGUCUUCUGGGAGGGCCUCUGGAUGAGCUGCGUCUACCAAAGCACUGGCCAGAUGCAGUGCAAGGUCUACGACAACCUGUUGGAGCUGCCGCCCGACCUCCAAGCCGCCCGAGCCUCGGCCGUGGCUUCCGUUGCCGGUGCCGUCUUGGCCCUGCUCCUUGCCGUGUCUGGAGCCGACUGCACCCACUGUGUGGACGGCCGAGCAACCAAAGCCAAGAUCGUAGCUGCUUCCGGUGGCCUCUUUGUCCUUUCCGCGUUGGCCCUCCUUGUCCCCGUUUCCUGGUCAGCCCAUAGCAUCAUCCGCAACUUCUACAACCCAAUGGUCCCUGAAGCACUGAAGCGAGAGCUGGGGGUCUCCCUGUACGUCGGAUGGGCGGCCAGCGGGCUCCUUGUCCUCGGAGGAGCCGCACUAAGCUGCGUUUGCCUCCCAAAAGACAGCCCCAAACUCGACCGGAUUCGGUAUCGGGUCCAGAAACAGGCAGCGUCGGAAAGUUAUGCCCACAAGGACUACGUCUGAUUUCAUUGCACCAAGGCCAUCAACAGGAGUCUAGUGUCCAUAUUUGGGGUAUAAAUA